GGAGGAGAGAAAACAACUAAAGCACGUAGAUGUAUGAUGUAUGACACCACUGAAAUGUGCUCAACCUGCAGGUCAAAGGGUUAAAAGCCUAGCAGCCAUGGAGAUAAUCUGUGUCGAUAUGGUACUGAUGAGAAGAUUCAUUAGCAUUUAUCAUGAAUCAGUGAAUCAUUUUGCAUUUGUGGAUCAAAAGUUGAUUAAUUCCACCCUAGCCAGCAAAAAAUGUGAUACCGAUAAACGUGACACAGGGUGCAGUGAGUGGGCCUGAAGGGACAAAGCAGAGCAGCGUGCUUGUCAGUCCAGUGCCACUUCAUCUUCAAAAACAUAAUUGCUCAACACUGAGGAUGUUCUGAAUCCCAACAUGUUUCACAUUUUAUCUGUCGGGAGAGUUGGACUGAAAACACAUCUGGGAUAAACGUCUUCAAUUUCCGGAGAUCUCUCCUGAAAAUGUUUCCACAAUCAGGAAAAUCCAUCGUCUUCGACAACUUUCCAGAUCCUACCGACACCUGGGAAAUUAUUGAGACCAUUGGAAAAGGGACGUAUGGGAAGGUCUACAAGGUCCUCAACAAAAAGGAUGGAAGCAAAGCAGCUGUGAAGAUCCUGGAUCCGAUCCAUGACAUUGAUGAAGAGAUUGAAGCAGAAUACAACAUCCUCAAAGCUCUUUCUGACCACUCAAAUGUUGUCAAGUUUUAUGGGAUGUACUACAAGAAGGACGUGAAAUGUGGGGAUCAGCUGUGGCUCGUCCUGGAGCUCUGCAAUGGCGGCUCUGUCACAGAUCUGGCCAAAGGCUUGCUGAAGAGAGGAGACAGAAUGGAUGAAGCCAUAAUUGGGUACAUUUUGCAUGAAGCUCUCAUGGGCCUCCAGCACCUGCACGUCAACAAGACCAUCCACCGAGACGUCAAAGGGAAUAACAUCCUGUUGACGACACAGGGAGGGGUCAAACUUGUGGAUUUUGGUGUUUCAGCCCAGCUGACAAACACCCGUCUGAGGAGGAACACCUCGGUGGGAACUCCCUUCUGGAUGGCUCCCGAGGUCAUUGCGUGUGAGCAGCAGCUGGAUUCAACCUACGAUGCUCGCUGUGACGUCUGGUCACUCGGCAUCACAGCCAUAGAACUGGGAGAUGGAGACCCACCUCUGUCUGACCUUCACCCAAUGAGAGCCCUUUUUAAGAUACCUAGGAACCCUCCACCCACUCUCCACCAGCCAGAGCUUUGGUCACAUGACUUUAAUGACUUUAUCUGCAAGUGUCUCAUUAAAGACUUUGAGCUGAGACCAAAUGUUUUAGACCUGCUCCAGCAUGUGUUCAUCAAACAGGCCAGCGGCAGAGAGAAAAUCCUGCAGAAGCAACUGAUUGAACUCAUUGAUCUCAACCAGCAGAUAGGACUGAUUGAAAAAACAAGGCAUGAACGAAUCCACACGAAGAAAGGAAACCACAUGAAGACGCAGAGCAACACCGAGGAGGUUGACGACCUUGCUACCCUUGAAGUUCUUGAUGAGAACACAGUCACAGAGCAGCUCCAGAGUCGAUACAGCACAGAUCAGAUUUACACGUAUGUUGGAGACAUCCUCAUCGCCGUUAACCCCUUCCGUAAGAUGGAGAUGUACUCUCCCCAGUACACGAAGAUGUACAUCGGAGCAAAGCGUACAGCGAACGCACCACACAUCUUUGCUGUGGCUGAUCUAGCCUACCAGUCAAUGGUUUCAUACAACACAGAUCAGUGCGUUGUGAUCAGCGGGGAAAGUGGGGCAGGAAAAACCGAGAGUGCUCAUCUGUUGGUGCAGCAGCUGACAGUUCUUGGAAAAGCCAACAAUCGAACGCUGCAGGAGAAAAUCUUGCUGGUCAACAGUCUGGUGGAGGCCUUCGGAAACGCUUGCACCGCCAUUAACGAUAACUCCAGCCGCUUCGGUAAAUACCUGGAAAUGAAGUUCACCUGCGGAGGGACGGUGGUCGGAGCGCAGAUAUCAGAGUAUCUGCUGGAGAAAUCCCGAGUCAUCCACCAGGCGAUAGGAGAGAAGAACUUUCACAUCUUUUACUACAUUUAUGCUGGUCUGGCUGACAGGAAGAAACUAGCUCACUACAAGCUCUCUGACAGCAAAACACCAAAGUAUCUGUGUAACGAGCACGUUAAAUUAGGACCUGACAUUGUGAGCAGCGCCUCCUACAAAGAGCAGUUUGAUGCAGUGGAGCAGUGUUUCAAAGUCAUUGGAUUUACCCGGGAGGAGCUGGGCAGUGUUUACAGCAUUCUGGCUGCCAUCCUGAACUCUGGUGACAUUGAAUUUUCUGCUGUUGCCUCAGAGCACCAGACAGACAAGAGCAACAUCACCAACAUCUCUGUCCUGGAGAAUGUGGCAUCCCUGCUGCGCAUUCGUUCUGACGAACUCCAGGAGGCCCUGACGUCCCACUGUGUCGUAGCCCGUGGCGAGACCAUCGUCAGGCCCAACACAGUGGACAAAGCGGUGGAGGUGAGGGACGCCAUGGGCAAGGCUCUGUACGCCCGUCUCUUCAGCUGGAUCGUAAACCGGAUCAACACGCUGCUGAGGCCUGACAGUCAACUCGGAGAGGAUGACAAGGGACUGAACAUCGGCAUUCUGGACAUCUUUGGUUUCGAGAACUUCAAGAAGAACUCUUUCGAGCAGCUUUGCAUCAACAUUGCCAAUGAGCAGAUCCAGUUUUACUUCAAUCAGCACAUAUUCGCAUGGGAACAGGACGAGUACCUGAACGAAGAGGUGGAUGCCCGGAUGAUUGAGUACGAGGACAAUCGGCCUCUCCUGGACCUGUUCCUGCAGAAACCCAUGGGGCUGCUUUCACUGCUGGAUGAGGAAAGCCGAUUCCCCCAGGCCACUGACCAGACACUCGUAGAGAAAUUUGAAGAUAACCUCAAGACCAAAACCUUUUGGAGGCCGAAGCGGGUAGACCUUGGCUUUGGGAUUCACCACUAUGCUGGAAAGGUGAUUUACAACGCUGCAGGGUUUUUGUCCAAGAACAGAGAGACGCUUCCUGCUGACAUCAUCCUGCUGCUGAGGUCAUCAGAGAACGAGAUCAUUUGCAAACUAGUCACCCAUCCUCUCACUAAAACAGGUAACCUGGCCCACACCAAAGGUAAAGGCGUAAACACAACACGAGCCCCUCGGACCCCGACACGGACCAUGACUUUGGCCAAGCCGGCAGAAGCUGGAGAUGCUCCCUACCAUCCGAGACAAACCACCAACAUGAAAACACAGACGGUAGCUUCCUACUUCAGGUACUCUCUGAUGGACCUCCUGUCCAAGAUGGUGGCAGGGCAGCCUCAUUUUGUUCGAUGCAUCAAACCCAACAACGAUCGCCAAGCCAACAAGUUUGACCGAGAGAAGGUUCUAGUUCAGCUGCGGUACACGGGCGUUCUGGAAACGGCUAAAAUCCGACGGCAGGGUUUCUCCCACCGUAUUCUGUUUGCUAACUUCAUCAAGAGGUACUACGUCUUGGCUUUCCAUGCUCACGAGGAGCCAGCUCCGACCCCGGAGGCAUGCGCUUCUAUACUGGACAAGGCUAAACUGGAGAAUUGGGCAAUGGGAAAGACGAAGGUGUUCCUAAAGUACUACCAUGUAGAACACCUAAACCUGAUGGUGCAGCAGGCCACACAGAGACUAAUCCUCCUUCAGGCAUGCGUCCGAGGCUGGCUGGGAGCCAAACGAUAUCGGAAGAUGUUAAAAGAUCGAGAACAGAGCGCUCUGGUGCUGCAGUCAGCCUAUAGAGGUCAUCAAGUUCGGAAGAAGGUGGCUGAUGAUAAAAGCAAAGCAAAGUUGGAAACCUUCAUCAUCCAGUUUCAGGCUGUUUGCAGGGGGCUUCUUGCAAGAAGGAAAUACCAGGAGCUGGUUGACGAGAAGAACAAAGCAGCGACUAAGAUCCAGGCUCGGUACCGAGGGCACAAGGAAAGAAAAAGCUUCCAAAGGAAACGGGAAGCCAAGGAGAAAGAGAAAGCAGAGCAGAUGCUCAAAGAAGACGAGAAGCCAACAGAACGCAAAAGUGCCACUGAUGAUGAAAACGACAAGGAAGAUGAAGCAAAAGCUGCCGUGGUUCUUCAGAGCAACUUCAGGGGUUACAAGGAGAGGAAGAAGUUCAAGGAGAGAAAAAAAACAAUAGCUGGUGCUGAGCUGGAGAAUCCAGAUGGCCACGUGGAAGAGGAAAUGGACCCAAAGGGUCCUUUUAAACAAGGCGAUGAAGAGGAUGAGAGUACGAUUGAGGCUGAGGACAACGAUGACAGCGAUCACACUGAGGUAGCAGACGAUGAGGAGCAUACAGAAGUGGGCGAUGACGCUGUGAUUGAAGAUAUGGAGGAAAAGACUCCAGGUGAUGAAGAGGAAACCAAGGCAGCCACAGUUCUCCAGAGUAACUUCAGAGGUCACAAAGAGAGGAAGAGGCUGCAGGAGGAAGGCAAGAUCCCAGCCAAGAAGCAGAAAGAAGAGACCGGAGUUCAAGCUGGAGCGAGUUCCUCACCAAACCAUGUCGAGCUGGAGGACCCAGAUGAGACCAAAGCAGCAGUGGUGAUUCAGAGCAACUUCCGUGGUCACAAGGAGCGUAAGAGACUGGAAGAGGAAGGGAAGAUUCCCAGGAAAACUAAAAUGGAGCCUACACAAAAAGAAACCGUGCCAGAUGUCCAGGAGGACAUUUCACCGGAGAACCCCGAGGGAGCGGAUGAGGAAAAAGCAGCAACGGUCCUGCAGAGUAAUUUCAGAGGCCAUCGAGAUCGAAAGAAGCUGAAAGCUGAGAAGGAGGCUCGGCAGAGGGGCAAGGAGGAAAACGUUACUCCUGACGGGUCGGAGCAGGAAAUGAAACACGAGACUGAGGUGUUGGAUGUUACGGACGUGGUGUGUGAGCGUAAAGAAGAAACGGAUGUUGAAAAAGAGAGACAGGAGGAGGAACAGGCUGCAGUGAAGAUCCAGAGUAACUUUAGAGGCUACAAGGACAGGAAGAACCUGAGAGCCAAUCAGCAAACGGCCAGGAGUGAAGCCGAGCAGCUGGACAGCUUCUCCAAAGAGAUCGCAAACACUUCUCAGGACUUUGAGGCUCUGCAGCAGAAGCUGAAUGAGAUUAUCCAGGCCCAUCAAUCAAACCCAGAAAACAACGGGAUGUUUGUGAGAGGAAAAGCAAUCAAUGGCUUCACCCCACAGAUCCAGUCAGCUGAAAAGAGAUUCUCCAGAACCCCCCGCAGAAGCCAACAGCCAAAGACCCUAAACACACCGGAGGACUCCACUUAUUACACACUCAUUCAUAGAUCUGUCCAGGAUGACAAACGAAAGCCCAGGAAGAAGGAUCCAGGAAAACUGCUGGAUGCGGAUGAUCAAUACUAUCGCACCCUGUCCACCAGCAGGUCUGAAUCCUCCAUCACCACAGAAGACACAGCAGGAGACAUGCCUGAGAGGAGACACUCGGCGGAGAGUAGACAGUCCUUGAGCAGAAGACGGUCCACAGGCUCUACUCGACAUGCAAGGGAGAGGGCUGUAACGGAACCGGAGCCUUCCAGACCCGCCAGAGACAACAGCAGGCGUUCCGUUCCAAGAAUGUCCUCCAUGGAAAGCCGAAGUGGUGACAAUCCUUACGACUUCAGGCAUCUGCUGAGGAAGACCUCUCAGAGACGAAGGCUCAUCAAACACUACUGAAGAAGCAUGUCCAUCACGUUGCUUAUGCAACAGCACAAAUGUAUAACUGAAACUGUUAAAUCACUGAUCAUAGCUGAGUUUGGAGAUUGUAAAUAAUUCAAUUAUUCAUUCAUACUGUAGCUCAUUCAUUAAAUCUGUCAUUUUUCCCCCUUCGGUCAUAAACAA